AUGGCUGAACUCGACACGGAUGUCUUUGCGGCCAUCUUGACUUACAUCCACGACCCCCCAACGCUCUACGCACUCUUCAAAGUGUUUCCCAAGUCCCACCCGCUGCUUCUCGUCGCUUUGGACCGAUUGUGGGAGUUGCCGAUCAACCUGGACUCUUUCGAUGCCCGAGCGACACAAGCGUCGAAUGCCAUUCUGGACUACCUGCUCACAACCCCUGUUGGAGAAUCCAAGCCGCGAGCCCACCAUCUCCGCCAUCUUAUCAUCCGACUCGAACACAAAUCCAUGAACCUCUUCAGCCUUCCCAAGCCGCGAGCCAGUGUCCUGGCGCUGCAAAGCAGGAUUGUGGACCUCCUCGGUUUGACGAGUAACUUGCGUUCAUUCGACUAUCGUGGCUAUCCGGGCUUACGACUUGACUCGACUAUUCUGGGACCCUUGAAGAAUUUAGAGCGAGUUGAAAAAUUCGGCGUCGAUUGUGCGCCAUAUCUUAGCAUGGAUGAGACGGGGGCAGCUCCUCUGCCGGAUUCUAUACAACCCGGAGGCUUCAGCGCGGGGUAUGACGCAGAGAGCUGGGACAUUGAUGAUUUCACAACAACGAUUGGGCCCCGCCUUUCUGCCUUGGAGCUCAGACAUGUCAAUUGCACGAUGUUUGCGGUUCUCCAGAGCAAGAUAGAUGACUUCAAAACGUAUACUCGGCUGCGCGACCUUACACUCGACAUCACAGAAGGAGUCUGGGAUUGGGAUGGUGCUGGCUCGCCACCAAGGGGGGCGACUCCCCAAUUCAAGUUUCCCUUCCUUGGUUUCCCAUCUCUCCACAGUCUAAAGCUGGUAGUAUGCGAGCAAACGUUGCGCGCUGCUCAAGUUGGGCCAUUAAACCUGGUCGAUCGCGGUCUUCUGAAAGAGCUCUACCUAGAGUUGAGAUAUAGCUUCAGCUUCAAUAUUAUUGAGGAGAUACGCCUUUUUGAGGCCUUGUCGCCACUCGAAAUGAACGCGUUGCGCCUGUUGGAAAUCAAAGACAAUACGAGCAACAACCAACGUAAUUUUUGGGAUUCGGACGCUGAAGUGGAAAAUGAACACGAAGAAGAAGAGGACCCUGAGGAAGUUGCGGAUGAGUCAGAGGAGGAGGACAACGGAGAAGAAGAAGAAGAGGAGGAGGAGGAAGAAGAAGAGGGAGGAGGAGGAGGAGGACGAUGA